AUGACAUGUACUCUAUAUGCUGUUUUCUUGCAGAAGAUAAAGCUAACUCCGGGUGUGUGGUACUGGAAAGAUGAUACUAACACACUUGAAUUUGCAAGUUCCAAUCCAGCAACUGAGGAAAACCUUAAGGCAGGAAAAAACAUUCGCUUUGAGGAAUUGCGUGUCAAGGCAUUGAAGAGCAUCUUCUGAGUCAAUUGCAGUGCAUUGCUCCCUGAAAGAAAACUGUCUGAUACUGAAGGAAAAUUGCAUGUGCUGUCGAAGUGGAUCCAGCGUGAAUAUGUGACGUUGGAUGAUGUCAAGUAUGCUGCUUUGCUUUUGAAAGAAGCACACGAGUCCCAUCAUGUGCUAUCAUUUGCAGCAAUUAUGAGGAAUGAGAAACUAGAUGAGCUCCUCAUGGCCCUGCUCUUCUACCUGUCUUUUUACCUGGAAGAAAUUGCUCUGGAAAAGAAACACAGUUCCUUGAUUUUGACUGUGAUAUUUUUAGAGAAGAAAGACAUGGACGACGUGUUAGCAAAGUUAGCAGUGGCCAGGAUUCACCUUGCCGAGGUGCACAGUAACCUUAUCCUUGAACGAGGCAUGGCACAGCAGCACCACACACCUGGUGGAAAGAGAAAAACAUCAUCACAGAAAGAUCAACGCUUCUUUGAGGGCUUCUAUAACUACUGCAGCCAUGUGGCUUGGCUUGUGUUCGGACAGAAGCACUUCCAAGUGAUUCAGGAAGAAAUUAGCAGGCUUCUUUACUCUGACACGUUCAAUCCCAUCUUGAGAGACAAGAACAAUGUUGACUUGCAGAAACCAGGAGACCAGACUGGUGAUGCAAAUACAGAGCAACUGCCGUGUCCAAGAAGAGCCCAUGCCAAGCAUCCUUCUCUAGGCAGCAGGGGUCACAAGCGCUCGCCAGUGGUCAGCACGCUCCUGCCCUUACCCAAGGACAGUGCUCAGUGCUUCCUCCAGAACCGUUCCUGUCGCGGCAGAGACCCUCGACCUCGCACGUGUGACGGCCUGCCAGACUUCUCCGAAUUGUUCACUACAAAGGUGGGCAUCAUCGGAGCUCGUAGUGAGUUAAAAACUCCAAUGAACGUGCCUGGCGGGACGAUGGAGGAGGAAGAGGAGGAGGACGAGGAAGAACAAAAACGAGGAAGAAUAAGGAGUGCUUGCUCUAUCCAGACAGAUGACCUCAGUUUGUCAAGUCGGAGAAGCCCCCAGAAGAGGCCUAACAAAGCGCUGUGCUCUCAGGAGCCGCGGCAGAAGGCGACU